AUGUCGGCGACGGUGUUUUCGCGCAGGGCGCUUCAGACUACCACCCGGCGAUUGGCCGCGGUCAACCCCUCCGUAUUCACCAAGACAUCCAUCUCCCGCCUACCAGCUCCCCUGGCCAUUGCGACAGGUCAAAACUUUCAGAUUAGACCAGCAGCCACAUCAACGGUAUCACAAGCCCAAGGUGCCGACAUCCUCGCCGCUCAGCGUCGACACCGUCCCGUCAGCCCACAUCUCAGCAUCUACCGCCCACAAGUGACAUGGUACCUUUCGGCACUUAACAGAAUCACGGGUUGCAUUCUAUCCGGCUCGCUCUACGUUUUCGGUGCUGCAUACCUCGUUUCACCUCUUUUCGGCUGGCAUUUGGAGUCGGCAACACUCGCCGCGAGCUUUGCUUCCCUUCCGAUCAUCGCCAAAGUCGGAUUGAAGGCGUUCUUCGCUUUCCCAUUCACCUUCCACAGCUUCAAUGGAUUGAGACAUUUGGCUUGGGAUACGGGCAGGACCAUCACCAACCAGCAGGUGAUCCGGACCGGGUGGUCGGUUGUUGGGUUGAGUGUUGUCACCGCAUUGGGCCUGACCUUCUUGUGA